GUUUUUGUUUUAUUGUUGCAUUGUUAUACGCAAGAUUUAAAUUAUGGAAGAAAUACGAUCUAAACAGAGGUCUAUACAAAAUGCAGCUCAUCAUAUUGCUUUAGAAUGUAUUCACCCACAGUCAGCACAUGGCUCGCCUUACCAUGUACACCCUUAUCCCUCUCCCGUACGCCUACAACAUGCCUUCCAGGCUCAACAAAGUCCUCAAAUGUUUUACCCCAAAGGACUCAAGCCUCAUAUUGAUUCAAGAGCCUUCGCAACACCAAGUGAUAGUCCUAUCUUGGGGAGAGCUCUCUGCCUCACACCUCGUGGAAGUCCCCUGCCUGGUCGAGUUUCUCAUCUUAAUGAAAAAUUCCAAGACUCUCUCACCCUGAAUUCUGAUACAGAUGCUUUAGUUGCUAAAAUUAGUGCAAUGUUUCCAACAGUUAGUGAAACACACAUCAAGAUUUUAUUGAAAAAGUAUUACAAUCGCGAAGCAGUCGUAAUCAGUGCUUUACAAGUAGAAAAGCAUCCAAUAACGACACCUGGUCCAUUGACCAUGUCACCCUCUGCAACACGCUUACAAAAGGGAGCUAUGGGUGUUUAUUCAGCCUUACAAUUGGCGAAAGGAGUUUCAGGAUCGAUGCAUAGUUCCAAUCACUUAACACCAAUGACGGGAACCCCUCACGGUUCACCAUUGUUAUUGCGACCGGCAUCAGGUGCUUCGAGUUAUUACGUUACGGUUAAAUCAAUGGAUGGUCCAGUGCAGUCAGCACCACGACAUCAGUCUCCGAAAAUGAAACUGAAGUACUUGAAAAGUGUCUUUCCUAAAGCUGAAGAAACACUAAUCCUGGAUGUCUUAGCCAAUAAAGAUAACAAUGUCCAAAAGGCAAGUGAAGAACUUAUUACUAUGGGAUUUACGAAGAAGGAAACUUUAAUUAAUCAACAAAAGAAAAAAGAGAAAGAGACACCACCACCUCCAAAAAAAGUAGUCAUUAUGAAAACUUUAGAAGAAAAGAAAGAAUUGAAACAAAAACUGCAGAAGAGAUAUGACAAAGUAGCAGAAAGAGUUGUAUCUAUAGCACUAGAGAGUGUAGAUUUCAAUGAAGAGCGAGCUGAACAAAUUUUAAAUGCUGUUGUUCAAGAAGAAGACACACCUAAGACGACAAGACCUGUUGAAUUAAAAGACAUGAGGCGGCCUGAUAUUGGGGAUAUGAAAAGAGGCGCGUGCGUCAGCCCGGUGGAGCCGGCGAGACCGACCGCCGCGCCCGUCGUGCGCCGUCUCAAGACGUGGACCGAGCAUUUAAAGCCUAUUUUGAAGUCAAGCACUAAUGUCGAGUCAAAGCAUAAGUCCCAAUAUACAGUAGAAACCAGCGGACCUAAUGCAUCGCUCCGUCAAGGUCCUAAAGACAGCCUGCUAUUGGAGGACUAUAUGACAUGGAAUGGUCCUAACCCAGAACUCCGUUGUGGACCGAUCGUAAAAGCAGAUGGACCGGAACAGAAAGAGAAAACUUUUUCCCUAGCUCGCGGCUCUUUAGGUCUCGCCAGAGGACCAGCUGGCUUGGCUAAAGGAUCAAUAUAUCAGAAAGUGAACAAGAAAUCAGCUAAAAUAAUCGUGUAAAGGAACAGUGGAUACGUCGUGAAGAAUCAUCUUGCCGCAAAUAUUGAAUUUAGUAAGAAUAUAUUUUCGUAAAUUAAUAUUAGUACCGUUACUUAAAGUACAAUGAUC